UGUCGCGACUUGAGGUCAAGCGACAGGGGAAGAUCUGAAAGCUGGGGGCGUCCGACUAAAUCUCACCGAAGCGAUGGUGAGCAGCGCUCAAACCUAAGGCUAGGGACAAGAAAGUAUAUUAAGGUCAAAACUGAGGUCCCUAGGGCAGCAGAGGCCGGCUUAUAUACAGGGGUAGAUAAGGGCAGGCUGUGCGCACUGGUCCGUGUGCAGCUGGUCCGUGCGCAGCAUGCUGACGCGGCCCUGGGGGCCGGUGAGUCAGAGCGGCUGCGUCAGCGGAGCCCGAGCUGUGCCGUGCACUGCCGUCCUAUCUGA